ACCUUCGCGACCCGACUCGACUGACAUAAAUACCUAUUUUUAAACCGGAUAACCAAAAUUUAAAAGCGCCAACACGGGUCCAAUUCGAAACCAGUAGCUUUGAUGGGAUAGCCCAUCCGUCUACCAUCUACCAGUCCAACUCGAAGUUCCUAAAUAUCGAACAAAGGCGGCGGCGAUUCAAGAAGUUAUAGUAUUCUCUCAAUUGUGCGAAUUCUCAAUCGGAAUAGGUGCGGGAAUGCAAAUCGGGGAUAGACAACGAGCAUUUUCAUUUAUACUCGUUUAUUAUAUGUGUAUUACUAACAUCGCUGCGUGAGUGUUGGCGUGGCCUUUCCUGCCAUCGCCACCGCCAUCGCGAACGCCACUGUUUCUACUGACGACGUCAUCACCACUGCCGUCAUCGUCAUCGUCGGGCGGUUGUGUGGAAAGGAAAUUACGUUGCUUCGCAUAACACGACGAUAUCGAAGCUGUUAUUGUUGAAAGUGUCUCUAAAGAUUCCUUCAAAAUAUCUUCAUUCGAAGAAGAUUACAGGGCUGACAAGCCCAUGGUGCAGCGUGCAUCCUCUUCAGAUGCUCCCUCCAUUCAGGGCGGCCAUCGAGAGUCUCGAUUCGGCCUUGGAUACUCCUCAUACCAAAGCGGAUAUAAUAAGCUCUUCACACAGGGUUCUGCCGACUCGAACUACUCACAACCGUCAUCCGAUCUGUCGCUAGACGAGGAAAAGGAAUCGCUUCGGCGAGAAAAGGAACGUCAGGCCUUAAGCCAGUUGGAUAAAGCUAGAAGCAAACCAGUGGCGUUCGCUGUGCGAACCAACGUAGCAUAUGAUGGCAAUAUCGACGAUGACUCUCCUGUCCAGGGAGGAGCAGUUUCAUUCGAGAUUAGGGAGUUUUUGCACAUCAAGGAGAAAUACGACAAUAACUGGUGGAUCGGCAGACUGGUCAAGGAAGGCUGUGAUGUGGGCUUCAUACCCAGCCCCGCUAAGCUAGACAACAUUCGGAUGCAGGUGGGUAGCGCAAAAAGAAAUAUCAGUUUACCGACACCCUGCUUCUUUCAGAAUCAAACCAAACCCUCGAGACUGUAUGGCACAAAGGGUUCAUCUAGCGGUAAUUUAGGUGCGGGACAAGCAGGUGCGGAGCCAUCACGAGGUAGCACACCCCCUACACCUGGUGACGAAUCAGAUUCUGUGGGACCAGGACGUCAUGGCAAAACGCCAUUAGCAACGCCGCCCAACAAGGAAAAACGGAAACCUUUCUUUAAGAAACAGGAGACCGCCUCUCCAUACGAUGUGGUGCCAUCGAUGCGUCCCGUCGUCUUAGUGGGUCCAAGCCUUAAGGGUUACGAGGUAACCGAUAUGAUGCAGAAGGCGCUUUUUGACUUCCUUAAACAUCGCUUCGAAGGUCGGAUAAUCAUAACGCGCGUUAUGGCGGAUAUUUCGUUGGCAAAACGCUCCAUCAUGAACAAUCCAUCGAAGCGCGCCAUUAUGGAGCGCUCGAGCAGCCGAUCUGAUUGCCUCGGUAAGGUGCAGGAGGAAAUCGAGCGAAUUUUCGAGCUGGCCAGAUCACUACAGCUAGUCGUACUCGAUUGUGAUACAAUCAAUCAUCCGUCACAAUUGGCAAAAACUUCUUUAGCGCCAACAAUAGUUUACUUAAAAAUUAGUAGUAGUAAGGUUUUACAGCGUUUAAUAAAAUCGCGCGGCAAAUCGCAGGCAAAGAACCUCUCCGUGCAAAUGGUCGCCGCUGAAAAGCUAGCCCAAUGUCCACCAGAAAUGUUCGACGUAAUUUUAGAUGAAAACCAAUUGGAGGAUGCUUGCGAGCACAUUGCCGAAUACCUAGAGACUUACUGGAAGGCAACGCAUCCAGAUGUACACAUUGUACCAGCAAUAGCAAGGCCUAUGCCAUCUCAAGAGGUGUCCCCAUCAACAGAUCAAGCUCGCAUGGGCCUAACUCCACCAGUCGAUGGCGAGGAGUUUGACUCCGAGUCUAGAAUGGAACGUGAUAGUAGCAGGGAGCACAAAAGUGGUAGCCGGGAGCGGGCCAGUAGGGAGAGAGACAGCGAACGCGAUCGUAUUCGCGAUGGUGAUCGCGAUCACGACUAUUGGGGCAGGGACAGGGAAAGAGACAGAGAUUUUAACAGACAGCAUACUUUGAAGGACCGGGAGAAGAUUUUGGAUUGGGAGCGCGAGAGAGCACGCGAGUGGGAACGGGAGCGAGAGAGAGAUUGGAAUAGAGAGUUCGAUUGGGAUCAAGGAGGAGCUGCUUACCAUCACAGCCGACGACAGCCCCAGAGCUCGGCGCGUCACCACGAGCGCGGUGGAGUGGGCGGCGUAGGCGGCGCAGGAGGCGUAGGUGGCGGAACUGGCUUCGAUCGAGAGAGGGAGCGGGAGCGGGAGCGACUACACGCGCGGGAACGCGACCUCAUGCACUACGACUUGAACAGCGAUGAGCUGCUGGAUGAACGCAAUUUUGAGUAUCCGGCGAUGCGGAGCGGGCCAAGCGGGGCAUCCCAUCAUGGUCACCUGUCGCGGGGUGGUCGCCUGAUGGAGGAUCCGGACUUUGGGCGCGAGGAUCCGCGUCUACUCAGCAGCAGUCGGUAUGGACGCGAUAUGCCACCGUCGGCGCCAACAACGAGAAGAGGGGCACCGAUUGUGGAUAGCGAUGAAUAUAGUCCGCACAGGGGUGGUGGGAGUAGUAGGAGAAUGCUCAAUGCCAUGUAGGAAUCGUGGAUAUAGGGGUGGGAUCAGAUCGAUUCAAGAGCGGCAGGUUUAAUGGAAGCAUGCGACAAUAGUUUUGAUCUUGAAAGACCAUUACCUCUAGAACGCCCACAAAGACCGACCACACAACUUCAGAACAGCAUCACCUCACGCCAACAUCACCCCUCUGCGCAACGGAGGGGUCAAUGGCUGUCCUCGUCCUCCUCCUCCUUCCUAUCACACAACCCGUCAGAUCAUCAUCGCAUGCCAAUCGAACAUAUUCCGCUGCAACACCAACCCUAUUCGUACCCACAGAGCCACACAAAUAUGCGAUCAUAUCAACCUGACGGCCAAAGUUAUCGUCAACCACGCGCCAAUAGAGAUACCAAUGCCACCGCCCCCUCCCCACAUGCCCCCCUCCAAUACAUGCCCCACUUCCAUCAUCAUCAUCAGCAUCAGCAGCAGCAGCUCACAGGACAAGCCCGCAGCCAUGAGAAGAGCUCUUCCGCAUCACAAGAACUGUCCACCUCAUCUUUCACAAAUGUCGAAGAGGUAACGCGUGCAAUACGUAAUAAGGUAAUUGUUGAAGAGGACGAAGAGGAUAUUCUAAGCACGGAUCAAUUUUAUUAAAGAGAUUUCAUUCAGUCAGCCACACAGAAAUUUCAGUUUACUUUAAAUAAGCAGGAAGAGACCACAUAUUGAUGAUGAGGCCAAAUACUAGAUGAUGAUGCCUCUCGAUUGUUGCACUUUUAUAAUCGCAAAAAAUGAGACUAAGGGAACGUUAGAAAGGAAAAACAAAAGCAUAAAUAAAUAAACAAUAAUUAUCAUAGACGGAAAUAAAAGCGUUUCUCUGUGCCAAAAGUUUCCCAUUUGAACCAUGAAUGGCGAGCACUGUACAUUUUUAGCGUUUCAAGAAAUUGAUUGAAAAACAAAUAAAACAAAUAAUGACGCACGAGCCGAAGGGAAUGGUAUAAAUAAAUGAUUUAAAAUAGCAUGAGCCUUUUGUGUCUUAAAUUCCAGUAGCUAAUUAUAAAAUGAUUUUAUUAGGCAUUAUGAAUUUAAAGAGGGCUUAACGUAAGAUUUACUACAAGUAUAAAUUUAAAGAAAACACAGUACGAGUAAUUAGGCCUUGACAGCAUUUCUUGAACCAUCUGAGAACUUGGCUGCUCACUGGGGGAUCCGUGAUGGGUAAUUGUUCAUACAUAGUAAGGGUGCAUUACUUACAUAUAUUUUUAUGCAAAUAAAUAACUGAGUAAGUGUCAGCUUUAAUAAUUUAGUGAACACGUACAAAUUUAAGUAGCUGAAAAUACUCGUAUAUAAGAUAAAUCGACUUGAAAUCGACCUUUAAUGAAAUCUCUUUAAUAGAAUGAGCUGAGCUCGAAGCCCUAGCCCUAGCCGUAGCCGUAGCCGAAGCCGUUUCCUACCCCUAUUCUCGCUCGAGACGCUGAGAAACGUUAAUACACUGCGAAUAGUUUAGUACUCGUACUUCCUUUCCGAAGCUUGCUGAAGCCGUUUUCUCCGCCAGUUACACAAAGCUGUUGAUUUACACCUUUAGUGCCUUAAAACCAAUGAAGAGUAAAUAUAAAAUCAACUAAAUAUGUAUGUACAAGUACAUUCGAAUCCCUACACAGUUCACAAAUCACAUUUCACAUUUCACCAUUCGCCCUCACCCUCACCACCCACAUGUCAUCACACUACCUAUUCGGCACGCCUUACCAUGCCUUACGUUAAUUGUUACAUGCUUCUCCAGGCUACUCCUCGUUUCCACCCACGAUAAAUGCUUUUAAUGAUUGCGAGACUAUUUUAAGCAUACACGUAUAGUUGAUCUGGCCCAUUCCGAACAAGCACUCCUUUUACAGUUCCAACCACCUUCCAAAACUCAGCAACUAUUUUCAACAGCAUGAUAAUGGAAAUAAGCGCAUUGAAGUUAAAUCGAUCGCGGCUUAUAUAAGAAAACUAAAAUUUAUAGGAAAACACCCAAAGACCUACAAAUUUUUACACCACCAAGCUCCAUGCUUCUAUGUACUCGAACCUGCUGAUGGUCUCAGCCCCACAAAGGGAGUAUAUUCGGAGAAGAAAAACUAAUUUCACAAAAUAAACACAUACUUGUAUAAACAAAACGCGGGUUCGAGUUAUAGUGAACAAAAAAUGUUUAUGGCAAAAGUUGUUAUUCAAAACCAAAACAAUUUGCAGAAAUUAAGAACAAAAAUAGGUCUAAUAUGGAAACACAGGCGCCACAAAAGCAAAAUAAAUAAUAAUAACAGUAACGACAGCUAAAUCAAAUUCCAAUUCAAAACUAACUAUUAACAGAUUAACUAUUUUUUAUCUCAAAAACCAAAUCAACGCACAGUGAGUCAGUGGACCUCAUAUUUAUAAACAUACAAGUAUAAAAAAAAUACGUAUAGAAUGAGGCAGUUCUACAAACUAAAAUACUUAUAAUCUUAAACCUUUAUUAUAGUGAAUAUAUAAUUGUGACUUCAGCAGCAGUUUCAAACUUAAACUUUUAUUUUAAUCCAUUUUUAAUUUAAUGUAGCUCCGAACUUUUUUUCCUAUUAAACUAAGAUCGCAAUAUCCGAAUUCGUUAAACAAAAAUUAUUCCACGAAGUGUCUACGGUUUUUUGUACAAUUUAAUCUUAAAUACUUUGAGAGAAAUGUUUCUGAGUAUUCCAACUUAAUAAUAAAUAGAAGUUCGUCCUAAUUGAAAUAAUACUGAAAUAUUAAAUAUUAAAUGUGAAUGCCAAGGGCAGCCUGAAAGGAAUAUUCUCUGUGCAUAUAUUUCUGGUAUGAAAGAGACAUCACAGUUCCCUAUAAAAUGUACAUAUUGUAGAUCUAUAUUUCAGUAUUUUUCGUAUUUCAGGUAGUUUUCAGUAUCCGCAAUAACCGUCUUGUUGUUCUCUUUGUAGCUAUUAGUAAUACAUAUCAAGAAAAUCUGAUUGAUUGACGCGAGCUCUCGGUGGAGAAAGAAAAGAGUUAAAAUUUUCGAAGCAACAUGUUAUUUCCACCACUUCAGAUCCACCAAAUCUAACUAAAGUCUCGCAAUCUAGAAAAUGGGUCUCAUUUCAUGCCCGCAUUAUGGAACUCGACUAGCUUGUAUUUCUUAAUAAUCCUUAGAAACUUUGACUUUAGAUGCAAAAUCUGAAAACCAAAAGUUAAUGCUACCUUGAUUAUAUUUGUCGAGUCAAUAAUUUUGGCAAUUCAACCACUGUGACCACUGACCACUGUGCAAUUGCAAAUACAAGUAUGUUGAAAUCUAUGUAGUACGUAUUUACUAUCCUCUUUCGAUUCCUGUCUUUACUUUCUCCUGUUUGGCAUAGAAUCUGAGCUAAAUUGCUUUUCUUAAUCUUACAGAAUAAAAUAAUUAAACUAGAAGCAAGUAAACUAAACUUUUCAUAUGAUAAUUUGAAUGGCAGCAACAAAAAAUGACCAAAGUUAUAUAUAUUUUUUAAUUGAAAUAUACAUUUUUGUGCAUUAGUCGCUAAGUCUGUUUGUGAAGCUAACAUCUUGAAGGUACUGGGACUGGGAAGAAGGAGAACAGUACGAUUACCUUGUACCUUGCUUAGAUAUUUAAAAUCUGCACUUUUAUAUCGCCAAUCAAUCAGGUUAUGCGCAGCUGAGUUAUUCGAUUUGAUUAUUCCCAAAAUGGGGUGUCUCGGAAGGGGGAGAAGUGGUUGGGAAAUCAAAGGUCGAGCAUCACCAUUUGUCGUUUUAGGUACAUACUUUCUUUAUAUCGGUGUACAUAUGUAUGAAUUAUUUGAGGGGAGGCCAUUGAAUAGCACGACAUAACAGAUUCAGCAAAGCUGGUUUCGCAAAUUAGUCCCCUGUUGAUGGAAAUAGCAAAUCCCGAAAGCAACACAAAACCAACCAAACUCACACAAACAUUCAAAAAACUUUCACCCAAAAAUGUGAAAUAAUUUUGGAAGAAUUGUAUUCAAGAACAUAGUCCGUUGACGAACGUUUCACAUUUCAGCAAAAUGUGACACCUAAAUUAAAUAAUUUAUUAGCUAAACUUGAAGAAAAUAUAAAUUACCUAACAUAAGUAUUAGCCCCAAAACUAAUAAUACAAAAAUGCAUAAUAAAUAAAUAUUGAGUAAACCAAAUAACGAUAUACAUGUGUACAUGACGCUUAUUCAUACAUAUGUAUGUAUAUAUGUAUAAAUGAGGACACAGAUACUAGGACAUAUUCGUAUGUGUCUGUAUUGGGUGUGGAAUCAUGCAUUAAUAUAUUUAAUGCACAGAACUGGCAAUUCACUAUAUAAGUACAUAUAUAAAUAUCUUACAAUGAAUAACAAAAUUUAAAGAAAGGAAUUACUUCACAUGAAGCAUACAUUUAUUUAUUUCAAAGAAUUUACUUAAAAAUUAGCCUGAUUUCCAAUACUAGAUAAAAGAAUUGUAAAAAUGUUUGGAUGCCUCGAUUAAGAUGCUGACAAAAAGCUAAUUUUUAAAUGGAAAUAUAGCUAUGCUAAUUCAAAAUGAUUACCGCCUAAAUAAAAGUCAAGCAUGCCAAUUUAUUAACUUAUUACACAGAGUAAAACAAAGCAACAAGCAUACUCGUACUUAUAAUAAUGUAAUAAUAGUUACGGAGAAAAUUGCAAAAUUUAUAAAAUCUAUUGACACACGCAUACCAACAACCAACACAGAGAUGUAAUUUUUAAAUGAAGACAUUUUAAUAUAAAACUCAACCAAAUAAAAUUGUGUAUUCAAAUUCAGCAA